AUACUGAUGAUAUAUUGUGGUCUUGCUCAGGCACGUUUUUACGCUCCCACUACGAUCUUCAUUGAUGAAAUUGACUCCAUGUGCAGCCGCAGAGGGACUUCAGAGGAACAUGAGGCCAGCCGGAGAGUCAAGGCAGAGCUGCUGGUGCAGAUGGAUGGUGUCGGUGGAGCAUCGGAAAACGAUGAUCCAUCAAAGAUGGUGAUGGUGUUGGCUGCCACCAACUUCCCAUGGGACAUCGAUGAGGCUCUGAGAAGACGGCUGGAGAAGAGGAUCUACAUCCCUCUGCCUUCAAGUACGCUCUUUUCUUGGCUGCGUGAGAGUAUACCCUCCAUAAGUGUCAUGGAAAAUUGAAUUCAAUGAAAGUGA